AUGAGCCAGAGGAACAGCGAUGCGAUCUCAUCGACGCUUGCUAUCCGUCCUCAGCUCGCCACUCGAGUUCGCGAGCUCACGCUGAACAGCGUUAAAGGACAUCACAGGCCACCGAAGCACCUGCAGCUGUCGGGUCUCCAGCGACUGCGACUUGUGGAUGUUGAUCUGUCGGACCCAUGGGUCUGCGUGGCGGUAGCUACAAGCGCCCCGUCUCUUCGGGAGCUAAGUCUGCGGGACUGCAGCGCCGACGACGCCGCAGCGUUCCAUAGCUUAAUUGGAAGGUUGACACAGCUCCGUCACCUCAACGUAGAACGUUGCAGGUCGGGAUCCUACGACCAAUCUAUCGUCCCAAAUGUCAGCAUACCCACGCUGCUGUCACUGUCUCUCAUCAACAACGAACCACGGGAUGUCUCGACAGCAACUGUUGUUCAGGCCCUGAUCGAGCAUCCGAUGGCAUUCCAAACGGUUCGCUUCCUCGACAUAGGCAUCGCCAGCGGGAAUCUCAGCAGCUUCAACGAAUUCCUCAGAGCAGUCGGACCCAGCCUUCGUGAACUGAGAGUCAGAGUAAUCCCCGAGACGGUCUCCACACCCCUUCCGUUGACACCCGCCAACUGCUCUGAGCUGCGGCUACUCGAAUUCAAGAUGGAGUUGAGGCGCUCGGCGCAGGGAAUGGACCCUCUCUCGUGGGUUCCGGCUCUUUUGGACACCGUGCGAGCCCCCAAACUCCGCCUUGUCAAGUUCGUUAUCAAAGCCCAGAGCGCGGCAUGCAAAGACCUCGUGGCUUUUGACUGGGACAAGGUCGCUUGUACGCUUCAAGAGGAACGCUUCGCGUCCGUUUGCGAGGUGCUGUUCCAUAUUCAUCAUGCGAAGGACACGGCAGCCUCGUUCAUCCGCACACGGUUGGGCGCGCUGCCCAACAACCGUGGCCUGAGAAUUGUGCAGCGGGCGACGUCGAGCAAGUAG